CAAUACACAAAAUUUGUUUGAUUUCCUUUGUAAAGUUUAAUAUAGUGCGUUCAGACUGAGUAUCCUGGCACGGUGCUCAGGCACAGGCACCAGUAUGAACACAACAUUUUGAUGGUGCCCGUGUAUAAGUGCCCAGGUCUGGGCACCAGGAAAAGAGGUAGUAUGGAAGUACGGUGCUCGGGAAAGGGCACCAAUGUGAACGACGACACCUGAGUAACGUUACAGAGAGACACGUAUUCAGCACAUGGUUUCAAAACUUGUUUACAAAGAAAAACAUGAAAUUAUAAAUAGACAAAGCUAGUGGGUACUACGCAGUGUGAAGGGCAUGCAGAUUUUUGCCCGAACCAGGGUAUCGUGCUCCAGCAAUCAGUCUAAACGCGCCAUAAUUGAUCAAUCUAACAUCAACUAUAAAAUGAAACUGGAACACUCAAUGCUAUGCAGCCUAUGCAGGCUAUGCUGAUUUUCUUGAUAACUAAACAAAGAUAAAUGCUGGUAUUGGUAAAUAACGAGUUUACAUCGAAAGAUACUAAAUCAUGAUCAUCUUCCAUAAAGAGCAAAAGAAUAAUUUUCUACAACAUUUUACUGAAUAACCAAACCCUCCACAUCCAAUUCACUGCAUAAGAAGAAUGAGUGGUAACCUUACAAAGGACAUAUUUAGUGAAGAGUCAAGGUGGUGGAAUUUUGAACACAUUCAUUUUCUACAGUUUUCAUACAUGAAGUACAACGUCAUUGACAAGUAAAGCAACAUGGCGGCUAAACUAAAACAAAAGAACACUAAUAACAGAGGCGUUUUUACAAAACAAAAAAUUGAAAUGAUCACAAUUUCAUGUUGAGCAAGGUCGAAUGGCGAAGAAAAUUACUCGGGGAAUAGAAUUCGAGUUGGAGAAGGCUAGAAACGAGGAACGUUGGUCUGAUAUUCCUAAAUUGUUAAGUGACUUAGAUUCAAGCAAAAUAAAUGUACCUGAUUCUUUUCGCAAUUUAGUUGAGUGUGAAUUUCAAAUUGAAAUUCAUUUCAACAAACAUAAGAUAGGAAGUAGUAUCGACGAAACGUUAAAGAUUGACCUUUCUAUGUUGCUGACAAAACUUAAGUCAAUCAUAAAACAUACUGCUUCUAAUGAAGACUUGCAAAAUGUUGCAUUAGAGGCACAAUUCCUUCGACUCAAGAUAAAGUUCAUGUUUCAAGAAUAUGAGGAAACCUUGAAGAUUGUUGCCCUGAUUGAAAAAGAUCUGCCUGUUUCUGAAGGCUCUUUUCGAAGACUAAAAAUAGCUGCUGAAAUGUUUGCCAUUAAAGGUAUAUGUCUUGAACAAUAUGAUGAUGCAAUCAAUCACGUUGUGACAGAGAACGACAUCAUCAACUGUUAUGACAACGCUACUAAUUCCUUCAUCAAUAUGCUUGAAGCAAACAAUCGCAAAAAUUCUCUCACUAAAGUUCAAAGUCAAUCAAAUUUAUUUUUUGAGGAUCUCAAUGCCUUUAUGGGUCUGGCACUCCAGACUGCUUUUCAUUGUUUUAUACUUCUCACUGUUAAACAAGGAAAUACUGAGAAAGCCAUUGAAAAACUGCGAAAUUUUUUGAGAAAUGUUGAUGUAUCGUCAAAUGAAGAAUUGAGAAAGGUCUUACUACAACAGUUAAUCGACAUUAUGAUGAAAGGAAAAAGCGAAAAAAGCUACGUCACUCCUACUAUUGGUCCCCAGUCUCCUAAGAUAUCUGCUCAAAUUUCUCAAUCAAACCUUCAAUUAGAUAAAGGUCUGUGUUUUAUUCCAUGUAAUUUGACAGAAGAUGUUUUAUUGUUGCUGCUGAUAAAGGAAGCAAUGGUUUUACAAAAGUCAACUACAAGUAUUGCACCUAACGAUAAGGAAGCAAGAAAACUGACAGUGAAAGAAGGAAAUCAUGUAUAUAAUCAACUUGUGAUUGCUUUGUCAAGAACUGCGCAAUACCCGCUUCUUGUUGAGUGUUUAGAACGAGCAAUGAAGUUAGCUUUUCAGGAAUCUCAUCUUUGGCUACAGUUUGGUCUUGCUUUAGCUAAUGCGCGCAAGUUUGCAAUGUCGGCGCUUGUCCUCAAACAGUGCCACGAACUUCGUCCUAAAGACCCACUUAUUUUACUUCAUGUUAUAAAACUCUAUAUAAACCACCUUCAUCAGUACGACGAUGGAAUUGAAAUGGCGAAAAUCGUUGUUAAUAUGGAUAUAAAAUCGACAUUGAUUGGGAAAGGUUUUGUUGCUCUUGGUAUUUCUCUAUGCUGUAAAGCAUCUCAAGUAUCGACAAAUAAGGAGAAACAGGAACUUCAUGUUCAAGCGUUAAACGCUUUUGAGAAAGCUUUAGCACACGAUGCUUUUGAUAAAGAGGCUUUGUUUCACCUUGCAUUAACACAAUCGCUUAUAAGAAAGACGACGAAAGCUCUACGCAAUGCAUAUGCAGCGUUAAAACUGGACUGUUGCUAUUUGCCUUCACUCCAGUUGAUUCCCCUGCUGCUUUCGGCGAGACACAAGUAUAGAGAAGCUUUGGAAGCAUGUGACACUGCUCUGUUGGAGUUUCCUGAUGACUACACCCUAUUAACGAUCAAGGUAAAGCUUGAAGAAGUUAUGAUUGGCGGUGAUCAUGCAUUGAUCACGUGCAAACGUUUGCUAGUCGCGUGGAAAUCUCUUCACGAACUGGAAGUUGAAAGGAAUCCAGAGUGUAAAAAGAGAGGUUCUGGACUUCUUGAGAAGAUUGUCUCCGACAAACGAAGCUUAAAGAACGUGCAAUUGGCUGGUAUUGGUGACGAACAAGAUGAUUCAAUUUCUAUUGCGGCGUCGACUCGUUUAGAAAGUACGCUAUCUGAAGAAGCAGUUUCAUUGUCUUUUUCACAACUUAGUGCUCCAGUUGCGUUAGCGAUGCAAGCUCGUAUAUGGUUAAUCAUAGCUGAUGUUUUCAUUGGUGUUGGGAAGUCCAUAGAAGCUUUGGCUUGUGUAAAAGAAGCUAAUCUCCUUAUCCCACAUUCGGCUGAUAUCAUGUUUGUGCGAGGACGUGUCAGUGAAAUCCAGAAAAAUCUUAACGAAGCUAGAACGUUUUACGAAAAUGCUCUCGCUGUCAAUCCUCAACAUUCACAAGCUUUGCUACGAUUGGGAAUCAUCUAUUUUGAAAUGGAAAAUUUCACUAUGGCUGAAAAAUGUGUACGUGAUGCUAUCAAUAUAGAGCCAACAUUACAUACAUCUUGGCAUCAUUUGGGAAUGGUAUUGCAAAAAAAACAACAAUAUGAAGAAGCAAGUGAGUGCUUCAUGUCUGCUGUUGAUCUCGAAGCAACUUCUCCAAUUCUUCCGUUUACGAUUCUUACAAGAACAAUGUGAACGUUUAGGACCUUAUGCCCACCAAAAUAUUUAUAAUAAUUUCGUCAUUCCUCUUCGUGCAAUUGGAAGACUUAAAUAAGAAGUGUGGUCUAGUGCAUUCACUGUUUGGGUGCAUGGAAAAUAUGAAGUAAUAAUUUCAA